ACUUCUUCAAUUAAACGUGGCUUUUGAAUUCUUCCUACUUAACUCUAAUAGCGAAUAGUAUUUUUCUUUCUUUUAUUUGUUCUUUCCUUUUCUUUUUUCACUCUUCUUCGUUGAUCAUCUUUAUCCCACUUUAGUAUUGGUACCUCUAUUUGUUGUAAGAUUCAACAAUAAAUUGCUUAGGAGGGAAUUCGGUUGAUUUUUUCUUUUUAUAGGCUCAAAGCAGUCGAGUAAUCCAAACAGUUUUACGCGAACAUCUAUCGAUUUGCCUUCAUUUGAAGUGAGGUUUUUUUUCAAUUCAAUAAUACUUUAAAAUGAUGGAAAAUAAUUACUUUUUUGUUAUUUGUUGUAUUUUGAAUUUAUUGAUAUUUUCGCUUUGUGAAAAUGCCGAAAACAAUGUGAAACAAGAUUCACUAUGGGAACAAGAUUUGACGGAUACAUUCAAAAUUGAUGGCUCUACUCAAGGCAUUCAAAAAGUCAAUCUCAAAUGCGGUGCUGAAUCUAUGAAAAUAAUGCUCGAAACUGAACAAGACUUUACCGGCGUUAUGUACACAAGAGGAAGUUUCUAUAAACAAUCGGCACCAUGUUUUGUUAAAUCUGAAAAAUCCAGCAAUAUGCGUUCAUUAGAAAUGAAUUUCAAUUUCGAUCAAUGCCAAACCCAACAAGAAGGAGAUGUCUAUACGAAUAUUGUGGUAAUUCAAAAUGAUCCUGAAUUAAUUACACCUGGUGAUUCAGCAUUUUCAUUGGAAUGUGAUUUCCGUCAGCCAAGGAAUGUUAAUGUUGAAGGCAAUUUUGAAACAAGAGAAAGAACGGUAUCAGGUUCUCGCAUUACACUUACAAGUCCCGAUCCAUCCUACACGUCAAAUGCCUCUGAUGACAAGGACACAGUACACAAUGCUACAGACACCGUUACAUAUAAACCGACGGAAUCGGUUAAAAUAAUUGAUAACAAAAAAGUACACGGUAGUAUUGAAGAGGUUUCAAUUGGUGAUGAGAUUAUAGGUUCAGUACUUAAAGACGAGUUAUAAAACCGAACCCAAAUUCCUUAGCAUGAACAUUUUUUUAACAUUCCCUCCUACACCAAGUGACAAAGCAUAAAUGGAACAAAUAAUGGCAGCUAAUUGAACUUCAACUUUUCAUUUGCUAUUUCAUUUACAAAUAACGAGUGUACCUAUAAUAAGUACCUACUGUGAUAUGUUAUGGAUAAAUGUUUUGGAACUUGAUGAAAUUUAAAUUAUUAAUUUGGACUAAUAAAAUGUUUACAAAAGGCGGAAAUAAAUAUUGUUU